CUAUUUGACAAGGAUGGUGAUGGAACUAUAAUGACAACAAAAUUAGGAACUGUAAUGAGGUCUCUUGGGCAGAAAACCACAGAAACAGAGUUACCGGACAUGAAUAAUGAAAUGGAUGCUGAUGGUAAUGGCACAAUUGACUUCCCCAAAUUUCUGACAUUGAUGGUGAGAAUAAUGAAAGACACAGACAGUGAAGAAGAAAUUAGAGAAGCAUUCCGUGUGUUUGAUAAGGAUGGUAAAGGCUAUAUUAGUGCAGCAGAGCUACAACAUGUGAUGGCAAACCUUGGAGACAAGUUACCACAUGAAGAUGUGGAUGAAAUGAUCAGGGAAGCAGAUUUUCAUGGUGAUGGUCAAGAAAACUAUAAAGAAUUUGUACAAAUGAUGACAAGAAAGUGA